CGAUUCAGCCUUGAUUCUUUUUAUUACACUUUUUUUUUGAGAAUUCUGAGAGAGACGAGAGAAAAAAAUGUAUUCAUCUAGGGUUUUUGGAGGAUGCAGAGCUCUAAUGGCGGCUGCAAAGUCGACAGCUACAAAACCUUCUUUCACCGCCGCCGCUACUGGUGGUACUACUCCUGCUGCUCCGAAAGGUAUUCUUAAGGUGGUUCCUGUUUCUCCAGCUCUUGGUGAGUUUCUCGGUGGUGUUCCUGAAGCUUCGCGUACUGAUGCUGUUAAGAAGAUUUGGGUUUACAUCAAGGCCAACAAUCUUCAGAAUCCUGCUGACAAGAGGCAGAUAAUAUGUGAUGAGAAGCUGAAGAGUAUUUUCGAUGGGAAGGAGAAAGUUGGGAUGCUGGAGAUUGCAAAAUUGUUGACACCACAUUUUGUCAAGUCUGCGUAACAAACUGAUGGUUUGGCUGCGGGGAUAAUAACGCUCUCUUUUUUUAGUCUGUUGCAUAGUUAUGGUUGUCAGCUGGGAUAGUAAUACUCUCUUUUUUCUGGUCUGUUGCAUAGUUAUGGUUGUCUGCUGGGAUAAUACUCUCUUUUUUGGUCUGGUGCAUAGUUAUGGUUGUCAGCUUGAUUGCUUUUGGUCUGGUGCAUAGUUAUGGUUGUCAGCUUGAUUGUUUUAGUGCUCUUACAUAGUGGUUGAUAGUCAUCACACUAUCUAGCUGUUAUUGGAUGCAGUUUGUUUUGUAAGUACGUGUACUGCUUCCAGUUCCAUCUAGUCUAGCCAUAUACUUUUGUACACUUUUAUCUAAGAACAUUUGAAUUCACUAUAUUAAGCAAUCCUCUUCAAACUA